GCCGUCCUGCUGACGGUGCUCGGCUCCGCGGCCAACAACAUUGGCAAGGUGCUGCAGAAGGAGGCCACAAAGGACCUGCCGCAGCUCUCCCUUUCAAAGGCGGUGAUGCGACGGUACGCCGGCUCGCGACUCUGGCGCAUCGGGCUGCUGGCGGAUGUCGGCGGCGCGCUCUGCCUCCUCGCGGCGCUCUCGAUGGCUCCCGUCUCGCUGAUUCAGCCCGUGUCGGGGUGCGGGAUGGCGAUCCUCGCCGUCUUCUCGCACUUUUACCUCCGCGAGGAGCUGCAGGCCAACGAGCGAGCCGGCGUCGUCGUGGCGAUGGCAGGCUCC